AUGGCUUUCUUCGCGCCCCAACUCCAAAUCGUCUCCGACCUCCACUUGGAGACUCCCAUGAACAACCCACAAUACUCACACAUCAACCUCAAGGUCACUGGCAGCGCACUACUCCUACUCGGAGACAUAGGCCUAGUCCGACACGAAGGUCUUUUCACAUUCCUCCGCAAUCUCCUCGACCAAAACCGCGGCUGCCGCAUAUUCUACGUCCUCGGCAACCACGAAGCUUACCAAACAACUCUUGAGCAUGCCGUCGAACGCAUGCGAGACUUUGAAAACACCGCAAAACAAGACUUCGGUGGUCGCUUCCGUCUCCUCUUCCGCGACCGCUACGAUCUCAACGAAAACGUGACAAUACUAGGCUGUACGCUCUGGAGCGACAUCCGACCUGAGCAGGCCGCUGAAGUCGGAUCUAGAAUGACGGAUUAUAAUGAAGAGCGCGGUAUACAGGACUGGACGGUGGAGAGAAGCUGCACAGAGCACACCCGAGACCUAGAGUGGUUGAACACGCAAGUCCAUCAAAUCCAAGAGAACGAACCGCAUCGGAGCGUCAUCAUAGCGACACAUCACUGCCCUACCACCGAUCCCCGCGCGACUGACCCGAGACAUGCGGCUAGUACGAUGAACUCUGGUUUCGUGUCUGAUUUGUCGACAGAGAUAUGUUGGACUUCAUCGGCUGUGAAAGUAUGGGCAUACGGUCAUACGCAUUACAGUUGUGCGUUUCGGGAUGAAGGGACGGAUAUGUUGGUUGUGUCGAAUCAAAAGGGUUAUGGGGGGAUAGCGGGAAGUGGUGGAAGGGGGAGGGGAGUUAAGACGGUGGUUGUUGAGCAGAGGGGGGAUAGGUGGGAGGUUUUGGAUGUGGGUCAAGUUUUGAAGCAGAAGGAGGGAGGGAAAGACGAUGAAGUGAAGUCAGACAUGACAAUGACGAAAUCGAACGGAACGGGAGAUACGGAUAUAGUAUCAGGCGAUCACGUCAAGCCAAAGACAGGUCUAUUCAGUCAAGCAGGCAAGCGAGUCAAAGCACUACUCCAACAAGCGCACUCCAAGUAG